GGGCGCCGGGGGACCCUGGCCACGGGCUUCUCUCCGAGUUGCUGCGGACCGCCCCGACGCAGCUAGCGGAGAGGACGGGAGCCCGGAGUCAUGCAGAAGCCAGGCUGGCCGGGGCUCGGGCCGCAGUGGACACAGGGGCUGCCCCGCCCCGCGUCUCCCGCAGCCGGAUCGUGCCCGAGAGUCUCCCGGGUCUGGACUGGGCCUGGCGGCGUGGGAGGGGCAGGGCGGCGGGCGGCGCUUCCGGAGAGCGGGGCCUGCGCGCUGCUCUUCCCCGCGGAGCCCGCGCAGUCCGCGCAGCCCUCAUCGCAACGGGGCCCGCGCGCAGGCCUUACAUAGGAAGUCCUUCUAAAGAGCUGCCUGCCAGCUGCCCUUCCCCAGAUCCCGAAUAUCCUCCUGGCCAGGUGGAGGAGAGAACAGUUCCUCAGCUGGUCAUGCUGAGCUCAUACCCUGAUGGCUGCUCCAUGAGGUCAAGACUGGGUCUCCUCCCUCCUCCCCCUUCACCAAUGCCUGGUCUCACGGGGCUAGUUUUGACCCCCACGCUAUGGCAUCAUCGACCUCCCUCCCAGCUCCUGGCUCUCGGCCUAAGAAGCCUCUAGGCAAGAUGGCUGACUGGUUCAGGCAGACCCUGCUGAAGAAGCCCAAGAAGAGGCCCAACUCCCCAGAAAGCACCUCCAGCGAUGCUUCACAGCCUACCUCACAGGACAGCCCACUACCCCCAAGCCUCAGCUCAGUCACGUCUCCCAGCCUGCCACCCACACACGCGAGUGACAGCGGCAGUAGUCGCUGGAGCAAAGACUAUGACGUCUGCGUGUGCCACAGUGAGGAAGACCUGGUGGCCGCCCAGGACCUGGUCUCCUACUUGGAAGGCAGCACUGCCAGCCUGCGCUGCUUCCUGCAACUCCGGGAUGCAACCCCAGGCGGCGCUAUCGUGUCCGAGCUGUGCCAGGCACUGAGCAGUAGUCACUGCCGGGUGCUGCUCAUCACGCCGGGCUUCCUUCAGGACCCCUGGUGCAAGUACCAGAUGCUGCAGGCCCUGACCGAGGCUCCAGGGGCCGAGGGCUGCACCAUCCCCCUGCUGUCGGGCCUCAGCAGAGCUGCCUACCCACCUGAGCUCCGAUUCAUGUACUACGUUGAUGGCAGGGGCCCUGAUGGUGGCUUUCGUCAAGUCAAAGAAGCUGUCAUGCGUUAUCUGCAGACACUCAGUUGACACUUGUUAUAUCAUGGGACCCCGGAAAUUGGAGUAAAGCUAGAAACAGAAAACCCAUGCAGGGCCUCGGAUUCCCACAAAUGUGACAAGAGGUAUAGGGAGUGAGUCGCAGCGCUUUGCUCGUGACCCUGGGAUCAGAGCACCCAUCAGGCUUCCAUUACUGUGGGCUCCCUAAGAAGACCAUGGAGAGCUUGGGGACUCCCCCAGGAAGGCCGUGAAGCUGGGGAUUCCCCCUAGGAAAGCCAUGAGGAAGCUGGGGACUCCCCAAGAAGGCCAUGAGGAAGCCAGAAAUUGGAAGUGGUAGGAGGUGGUACUGAUCAAUGAUGGCCAGCAGGACUCAUCUCCUGCCUAACUGGACAGGAAGCCUGGUGCCCACUUCUGUCUUCCCCUGGAACUGGGCACUGGCGUACACUGGUAUCCCUCCUAAAGAAGUGACUCACCUGACUGAUCAGCAAGAAGCCUAGAUUGCAGGCCUCACCAUGGAUGGUCUUCCUAGUUGCCUGGGGAAACCCUGGAAUGGGCGUCAGGAGAAAGCAACAAGAAUCCAGUCCUUCACACUCACACUACUCUGUUCCUCUUCCCAGAGACAUCGAUUCACUUCAAAGAGCUGUAGGGAAGAUGCAGUCAGCACUGCACUGUAUUUUUUAUUUAUUGCCUAGGUGCCAUUAAAGACACAAACCUAGAAGCCUAGAGGCCAUUCUGAAUAUGGGGGUGGGGUGGUGGAGGGAGCAAGUGAAGAGAUGGGAAUCCAGGGCUCAGGGUUCAACGCCUUCACCUGAGAUCACAAGCCCAUGGAUGCUGUGACAUCUGGGAGCUUCAUCAGUGGUCUGGCUAAAGCUGAUACUUUCACAGUCACCAUCUUCACCUUUGGACUGGGAAGAAUCACCAUUUUUCUUCUGGCAGAUGACUGUAUUCCUUAUAGGACAGGCAAGGUUUCAUUCAUCUGUUCUCAGUAAGUUUGUUGUUGAACUGAAAUGAAUUUCAUUAUUUCCUCCAAUGUGUACUUUUGUGCCCCCCUCUCACUUCUCCCUAUCAUGACCCCUCUUUUGCUGAAAAAAAUUUUUAUUAUUUUUUCUAUCUCUAGUUCUAGAAAGAGAAAAUUUAUUUUUUAAAUUAUAAACUAUUUUGCCAGGCGCCAUGGCUCACACCUGUGAUCCACCUGCCUCGGCCUCCCAAAGUGCUGGGAUUACAGGCGUGAAGCACCACGCCCAGCCUAAAAUAAUAUUUUACCUUUUACUUUGUGCUUUUUGUGUUUUACUCAGGAAGUCCCCCCCUACAUCUGCUUUCUUCUGUAUUUCUUUUCAUAUUUAGGUCUUUAAUCCACCUGGAUUUUUUGUUUGGGUUUUUGUUGUUCUUUAGUCAAAGAUCCAAUUCUUUUUUCUAUUUAAAUAACCAUCAUUGACUGACUAGUCCAUCCUUACCCCACCCCUACUGAUUAUGAUGUCACUGCUGUCACAUAUUGUCAUUCGUGGGGGGCUGUUACUGGGUUCUCCAGUCUCCUCCCUUUAUCUGUUUGUGUAUCCCUGUGCUGGUGCCACACUGCCUUGUUCACUGAUGUUUUUAAUAAGCCUGCACCAUUUGUAUGUCAAUUCUUCCUGCUCUUCUUAUCCAUCAAAAAUCACUUUAACUUUUCUUGUUCCUUUACUCUUCCAUAUAAAUUGUUUAUUCAACCAUCAGGUUCCAGGAAAAAACCUGUUAGUAUUUUCAUUGGACUUACAUGGAAUUUGUAGAUUUUGAAAAAACAGAUAUUUUUAUGAGUCUUCCUAUUCAUAAAAAUAGUAUGUCUCCAUUUACUUAUGUCUUUAAGUGUAUUUCAAUAAAGCUUUCUAUCUUUUC